UAGAUAGAUAGAUAGUCAAAGGAGAAAGAAAGAAAGAGAAAACAAGAAAAAAGGACAAGGAAGCAAGGAAUUAAGGAAGAAAAUAGAUAGAUAGAUAGUCAAAGGAGACAGAUGAAACCAAAGUAAGAAAGAAAGAGAAAAUAAGACAGAACCAAAAUAAACACGGGAUAGAUAGAUAGAUAGAUAGAUAUCACAUCAUAUUAUAUGUCAUAUACAAGUAAGAACGGACUAAGCCCCGCCCAUUGUUCCCUAUGCCAACCCAGUGGGCGUGGUUAUGCCCAGGUCUCAGCGCACAUCAGACUCCGUCUGAGUUAAAAGCGUUACCGCACCGGCGGCGGUCUGAUCCCGACUACAGCAGUGUGUUCUGUUUUACCAAAACCUACAUUUCCGACACAGUCACUGAUUUGCAGUGAUUUGUUUUUGGAUCAUAUCAUUUUCGAGGAAGAAAAAAAGAGUUAUUUAAUUAUUGUUAACGCAUCAGAACGAUGCUCUGAAAAGAAAGUCGGACCUGGAUUAUUUACAGAGUUGUUUAUAAAGAGCACGCAAUCUGGAUAAAGAAGCAAGAACGGAAUUGGGCGGAAUUUGUUAUUUGUUUUUGUAUUUAUUUAUUUUUUUUGUAUAUCGAAUAUCUGAAAUAAUCCGACUUCAGCUCCUGAUCUGGAGAUUCCCGUUAUUUAUUGAUUUGCCAGGUUUGAUAAUCCCGGGAUUGACUCUUGUAAUCCCAUUUCAUACCGUCAUGGAUCCGAUGUGGAAAACUCUUCUCGCGCUGUUUCUCAUCGCGUGCAGACUGAAACUCUCCAUGUCCACGAUUUUGGAGUCCAUUUACUGGAACACGUCAAAUACAAAGUUCGUGCCCGGGAAAGGCAUCACCCUGUACCCUCAGAUUGGGGACAAAAUGGACAUUGUGUGCCCCCGACUCAGGCCAGGCCAGAGCGCGAGCACCCGUGUCGAAUAUUUCCGUGUGUACCAGGUCACACAGGAACAGCUCGAGAGCUGCAGGGUGGCGAAGGGCAGUGGGGCGCUGCUGAACUGCGACAAGCCCGACCAAGACGUCAAGUUCACCUUCAAGUUCCAGGAGUUCAGCCCCAACCUGUGGGGCCUCGAGUUCCUCAAAGGCAAAGACUACUACAUCAUCUCUACGUCGAACAGCACGUUAGAAGGCCUGGACAACACAGAGGGCGGCGUGUGCAAAACCAAAUCCAUGAAGCUGGUGCUCCGAGUGGGACAGAGUCCUAGUGACGCAGUCUCUGCAAAAGAACUUCCCAAAUAUGAAAGUGAUCACCAAAGCACCUCCAGUAAAGACAACGAUGUGCUCAGCAAAGGCGAACAAGAUGGAAAAAGCGGCGAGUCCGUGGGUGUGUCAGGCUCCGAGGUAGCCCUGUUCACCGGCGUGGCCUCGGGAGCCUUCGUCUUGGUGGUUCUCGUCAUCGUAGUGUUGGUGGUGUUCGCACGCCGGCGCCGACGCAAGCACUCAGCUCAGUGUUCAGCCCCGCUGGCGCUGCACCCCAUCCCCAAACGCAGCAACAACAACAAUGGCUCGGAGCGCAGCGACAUCAUCUUCCCGCUUCGAGCCUCCGACAGCUACUACUGCCCCCAUUACGAGAAGGUGAGCGGGGAUUACGGCCACCCGGUCUACAUCGUCCAGGAAAUGGAGCCCCAGAACCCGGCCAACGUUUACUACAAAGUCUGAACUAAUCAGAACCUUUGAGCCUCGGCCAAGACUGAAAAUAAGGUCUCAAUUGAGAGCUUGAUUGCUCGGAAUAAACGAAUCAGAGAUAAAUGACUCUUGGAACGAAGCCGUCGACCGGCCAGGAGCCCCGAAAGCCCCGGAAAUGGUCCGAAUCGCCAUCUGGGUUGGGGGAAUUACUUCUUCUAAAACAUGGACGCCGUGUGAUUUGUAUCAGUCAGGGACCAAAAGCUUUGAGGCUGAAAGUGUCGACUGAGAGCUUGUGCUCAAGUUUCAGCCUGGCUGUAGAAAAGAAACAUGCUCCUGGCUCACGCCAGUGAAUCAGAGACGAAUGACUCUUGGAACGAAGCGAAGACUUUCUCUCCUCUCUCCAGUCAGCGCCUUAAUUCAUUAUGGCAGACCGAGGUGCUAGAGUAUCGAUUCAUGACGGCGUUUCGCUCAGGGGAAGAAAGCGGAGCCAAAUCCGCACAGACCUAUAGACCUAUAAAAAAAAAUGGGCGAAAAAAAAAAUCCACAGAUUUACAUUCUGAAAAGAAAAAAAACAGCAUCAGGGCAAAAACUUUAAAGCCGCAUAAUCAUUACCCAUUCGUGGGAGGUUUACGCUGUACUUCUCCAAACCUCUUCUCAGGGCAGAAAGAAUUACGAUUGGUUAUCUUCAACAACCAAUAGAGUCUGAAAUAGAGAUGAGGCAGAAAUUGAGAUGGUUUUUUUGUCUGGUUGUUGUUUUCAUUUUCUUUAAGCCACAAUCUAGCCGCAUUGUUAGCUACGCUAAUUCUCCAGAAAGUUAAACAAUACGUGACCCUGCGGUUUUUACUUGUAGACAUUUUCCUGAUAAAAUAUAUUCUUUAAAAAAAAAAAAUUGGGUCUGUUUAGAAAGAAAAUCCUCCUGAGAAACAAACUGAAGAACUCUUCGGAUACCUUCUGCAUCUCGUUCUAAAUCCAACAAGAACUUUUUUAUCUUGCAAAUUCCUGUCACAUGACUAUUCUUGCGAUUUUUUUUUCGUUCUGAAUGUGUUGAUAGUUACUCUAAACAUCUUCACCAAUAGUAAUGCUAUGUUUAAUUUACCCUCCCCCGUCGCAAUUUUGGUGCGUAAACGUUUAAUUUGGAAAUGUGUUACAGUAUAUGAAGGAAAACCUUGUGGAAGCUCCCAAAGAACAAACCGAAGAACCUUGUAGGUAGCUAAAUGUAACCUUUCUAAGACAAUUAAAAAUUUGAUGUUUUAUGUAAUUUUCAAAUCCAAAAUGAAUUGCUAUUUGCUCGUUUUACCUCCAGUCCCCUGGUACUUGGCAGUAUCAAAAACAGUAAGCUUUUUGGUUUGGAACUACGUCACUUUACAGAUGUUGACAAAACAUUAAAAUUUUGAGUUAACAUCUCGCAAUUAUGACAUUUUUCUCACAAUUUUGAGUUAACAUCUCGCAAUUAUGACAUUUUUCUCACAAUUUUGAGUUAACAUCUCGCAAUUAAGACUUUUUUCUCACAAUUUUAAGUUAACAACUCGCAGUUAAGACUUUUAUCUCAAUUUUGAGUUAACAUUUCGCGAUUCUGACUUUUCUCACAAUUUUCAUUUUAUAUCUCGCACUCCCGACUUUUUUCUCUCUCGCAAUUUAGACGUCCACUUGACAUUUAGUGAGUUACAAAGAAUGCACCGACAAAGCAUCAGUCAUUCUUUAUAAAUAGGUUAAAUACAGUAAGAAGAACCCUCAUCAGCUAGCCAAGACAAGGAAAACCAGACGCUAGUGCACACUCGUUAUCUGAAGUCGGUCACAUUUCAGGUACUGCGUCAAGCAGAUGUCUAAAUUGCGAUACAAAAACGUCAGAGGUCUGAGUCUGAGAUAUAAAGUUACCUUUUUUAUUUUUUUUUCUCCGUGGAGGAAACAGGCUUCCAUACCCUUCUGUAUUUUACAAAUUUUCAAAGAAUUUUUACUGAAAAAACCUGUCAGCGUUAAACAUCAGGAUCACGCUAAUAUAUUACCUUUUUUGGAAGAACUACCCUUGCUUUUCUGCCCUGAGACGGGAUUUAUCUCGAAUGAACCUCCCUCAGGCCAUUGUCAACAUUUUAAAGCAAACUAGAACGUUAAAAUCUAGUUCUGUAACGAAUAGUAUUAUAUUUGACAGUUGGAGAAGCAAAAGGUUAUGGGAGCAGAUCUUCUGGCGUGUAGAACGACAACAA